ACGUCGAAGAAUGUGAAAGACUGGUGUGGUCGUCCUUUGAAUGCUACACUUUUCCUCAAUCCAUGGUUCUUGCAACAGGGUUUUCCUUUGAUAACACUAACGAACGACCAACCAACGGGGCAAGUGACGUUCACGCAACAGCCCUUCAAUAAUUACUCUAGUCUUCCAUCAAGUCCCACCUACAAUUAUUCGUGGCCAGUCCCCUUCUUCUGGGCGAACAGUGUGACAUCAUAUUUAAAACCAACGAAGAAAAUGACUUGGCUACCUCCAGCCUACGAAAGUUGUCCUAAUCAAGAAAUGCCUCUCACGAAAGCAAGUGAUGAUACUCCAUUGGAGAAUGUGCACUGGGAGUUAGGAAAUGCUGGAUUGAGUUCACAUGUUCGAGUAGAGUAUGAUGACGUUGGAUUUGAGCGAAUGUUCAAUCGACUGAAACUGCGCAGAGAUCAGGACUUCUCAAUUGCCGAUCAAAUUAUGCUUAUCGGUGAUCAAAUCGCUCUGCUAAACAUAACACGUUUCAUGAUGUUACCGUUUGCAGUACGGUAUGAAACCGGAACAUCGGGACAGGAUGCCUUUAAAAUCUUCAAACGAUUCCUUGCUGAAUGCGGACAGUCAACAACCGGAGUUGACAACUGUACAACGAUUCAUCCGGAUAUAAGGAAAGCUGUCUAUUGCGCAGGUGCAAAGUAUGGUGACCAACAAGCAUUCAAUACACUCCGCAAUUUGUACGAUGGUCAAGUGAAAUACGACUUCUAUUUCUACACUGAGUAUUACGCGAUGCUUGAAGGAAUGUCUUGCUCGAAUAGGAGAAAUGAUAUUUUCGAUGCCAGUGUGCUUGCAUCCGAUAAUCUAGAUGAAUAUAUUGAUGCGUUAACAUCCACAUGGUAUUCACAAGCACGUCUCGAUCAGUUUGAUGAAUUGACGAGAAGUCUUCAGCUUACAACCGAUCAGCAAAAGAUUUUCGAAAAAUACCGCAAUCGAACAGUUGAACAAAUUCUGUGGUGGAAAAACUAUUUCCCGAUUGUCUCACGUGCUUUUUACGAUGAUUUCGUUAUUGGACCAUUCGACAUGGAGAAUUGGCAAAAGCGUUUACUGCAUAAUUUCGAGCCAAUCUCUUAUAAUCUCACAGUUCGACCGCAUUUCCCCGGCGCUGCCCAAUAUCCUUGGUAUCAGAAUUUCACUUUCAAUGGGCACGUAGACAUAACAUUCAAAGUGCUCAAAUCGGGUGCAAAACUCGUUUUGAACUCUCAUCGUAUGGUCAUCGAAGCUGCAAAUAUGAUACUGAAACGAUCAGACGCUGAUAAAACAUACAAAAUCAGUAGUAUCAGAAAGGAUCUUGUCAAUGCCUUCCUGUAUAUUGAUACGGAUGCGCCGUUCACUGCAAAUAGUGUGUGGAUAUUAUCAAUUGACUAUGUCGGUUUCAUAUUCGCGAAGCCAAGCAAAGGCGUUUAUACGAAUACGAAUUAUUUUGAAUUCAACGACAAAAAAGCUUGGAUUUUCUCGACUUAUUUCGAGUCAGGUCCAAGUGCAAGAUCGCUGGUGCCUUGUUUCGAUGAGCCGAACUAUAAGGCCCGCUGGCAAGUGACAUUGGAUCAUCCAGCAGAUAUGAUUGCACUNGGAAAUAUGCCUGAUGAAGGAUUUAAGGUUUCGAAAGAUGGCUGGUCCACAACGUACUUCCCGCUGACACCUCCAAUGUCAAGCUAUUUGCUUGCGGUUGCAGUUGGGCACUUCGCAUCACUGGAAACCGUUUCAGAAACGGGCGUGCUGGUGCGUGCCUGGGCAUGGACUGGCAUGGAAGUGUAUGCUGAACAUGCACUUAAGGCUGUGGUUGGUGAGGUGGAUUUCAUGGCAACACACUUCGAUUUCCCGUUUCCGCUUCCAAAACUUGAUGUCCUCGCACUCCCGCAAUACACAACAAUGAAGGGUGCUGAAGAGCAUUGGGGUCUAAUCCAUGUUGCAUAUCGCCGAGAAUUGCUCGAUCCUCUUUAUGCGACUGCUGCAACUUAUGCGGACGUUGCGAAUGUUUGUGCACAUGAGACGGUCCAUCAGUUAAGAAAAUCAGAAAAAGAAGCACCAAAUUCCGAAGAUUAUUCUCGUCUCGGCAAUAGUCUAUCAAUUCACUUUUUGCAGUGGUUCGGUGAUUUGGUAACGACUGUGUUUUGGCCGCGAAUCUUCCUCAAUGAAGCUUUUGCGAAUUAUUGGGAAACGAACGGCGUAGAAAGAGCAUUCCCGGAACAAGCCAAGUAUAAUAAAUUCGAACGCUAUCAUAAAGGUUUACUGGGAUUUGCGGCUGACUCGAAAAUUGGUACUUCCAAACCAGUUAUACCUGAUGCACCGAAGUACUUCACUGCUAUUCCAUAUAAUAAGGGUGCCAGUUUGCUGAACAUGUUAAGCAAUACGAUAACACCACGAGUGUUGAAACUUGGUCUCCGCAAUUACCUGCAUAAGUAUCAGUACAAGAAUGUGAACGAUACACAAUUGUGGAGUGAGUUAACGAAGGUCGCAGAUGAUGAACACUUGCCCAGUUGGGACGACCAACCUUUGAACGUGGCCACGCUGAUGGAUCCUUGGAUGUAUCAGGUGUCGUUUCAUGUAACCAGUCUCAAUGAUGUUCCUAAGAAUAUGUAA